CUUGGAAAAAAAAUAAUGUAUUAAAGUUUAUGUGUUUCAAAAAUAAUAGUGAAGUUAAAAUUUAAAUCAUUUAACAAAAUUAAUCAGUACUUACUGAUAAUCGAGGAGUAGGGAUGCUGGAUGCGUAGCCGGUGUCCUCAACAUCGUUGCUACUUCAGCCGAUUAUUCCCUGUCGCAGAAUGGCAUUGAAAGCAGCGACGGUGGCGGCGGCAAAAUUACGCGGCAAAAUCCUCACCAAGGAUAAUGUCUUCGUGAACCUGCGUAAUAUGGAGUUUGUGGUGCGCGGGCCGCUGCAAGUCCGGGCGCAGGAGAUCGAGAAGGAGCUGCAAAAGGGCGUCAAAAAACCCUUCAAGGAGGUAAUUACAGCGAACAUUGGUGAUGCCCACGCGAUGGGCCAGCAGCCCAUCACGUUCCUGCGGCAGGUGCUCACGCUGACAGUCUCGCCGAAUCUUCUGGAUGAUCCAAUUUAUCCGGAGGAUGCGAAGAAGCGCGCCCGAUGCGUUCUGGAGAGCUGCGAUGGCGGCAGUGUGGGCUCAUACACACAUUCGACCGGCAUCGAGUAUAUUCGCAAACAUGUUGCGCGAUACAUUGAGGAACGUGAUGGCGGCAUCUCUUGCGACUACAACAACAUCAUUCUUUCGAACGGAGCUACUGACGGUAUUAAGUCACUUUUAAACUUAUUCAACGAAAGGAUUAACGACAAACCAUCCGGCGUGUUGAUCCCGAUUCCGCAGUAUCCUCUGUAUUCAGCCGUUUUAGCGGAGUUCGGUCUUGCACAGAUUGGAUACUAUUUAGACGAAGACAACAAGUGGUCGUUGGAGAUUAGCGAGUUGGAACGAGCACUGGAAGAGGUCAAAGGCACGUGCAAUCCUCGCGUGCUGGUGGUGAUCAAUCCCGGUAAUUCGACCGGUCAAGUCUUGACUCGCAAGAACAUUGAAAACGUCAUCCGCUUUGCCCAGAAGCAUCACCUGUUCCUACUGGCCGAUGAAGUCUAUCAAGACAAUAUAUAUGACAAGGACAGCGCGUUCCACUCUUUCAAGAAAGUCAUGACGGAGAUGGGCGAACCGUACUCGAAGAUGGAGCUUGCGUCAUUUAUGUCCAUCUCAAAAGGAUACAUGGGAGAGUGCGGGAUUCGCGGCGGGUAUGCCGAGAUCAUCAACAUGGAUCCGGAAGUGAUGGAAGUACUAUAUAAAUCGAUCUCCGUGAUGGUAUGUCCUACGGUACUAGGUCAGGUAGUGAUGGAUGUCGUGGUGAAUCCUCCGCGACCGAACGAGCCAUCAUACGAGCAAUUCCAAAAGGAAAAGAAGGAGACACUGCGUUCCCUAGCAGAGAGAUCGCAGCUUGUUGUCGACUCGCUUAAUAGUAUUCCAGGAUAUAAGGCGAAUCCGCCAAUGGGCGCGUUGUAUGUGUUCCCGCGCUUCGAGCUGCCACCGAAAGCGAUCGAAGAGGCGCGAGCAAAAGGUCAGGAGCCGGAUGUCUUCUAUGUGUUCAAAGUGUUGGAGAACACCGGGAUUUACGUGUUUCCGGGUUCGGGCUUUGGUCAAAUACCCGGCACGUACCACUUCCGGACCACGAUACUGCCUGAAAAAGAAAAAAUCAAAAUAAUGCUUGAAGCACUAAAGCAAUUCCAUCUUAAGUUCCUUAAGGAAUACAGUUAAAUAAUAUUUUUACUUGAGAAAUUUGGCAUUAUAAGAAAUAUAUGUAGAAAUAAAUGAGAAAUGACCGCAUGAGGCUGUGCAUAUUCGCGCGAGGACUAAUUCCAGGUCUGAACACGCUUUGUUAACGUGAAAUAAUUUUAUUACGAUUAAUGACUUAUUAUCAAAAAACUUUCCGUAUACGGUGUCAUUAUUACGUAGUGUAUUACGGAGUAUAGCAAUCAUGACAAAAUUUUAAAUUUAUUGUAUCUAAAUGUAAAAAAAUGUAAAUCAUUGAUGUGAAGAAUACCUGUAAUUUAUUUAUUUUUAUAUUUUUGUAAUCUACUGUUACGAUAUUUUGAAAAUAAUCUCAAAAUAUACUGUUGUGACAAAUAUUAUGUAGUAAUUAACAGGAAAAAAAGUUGAAUACAUUGAUUUUGUUAACUUAAACCACGAUCAAUAAAUUUUGAACCGCGAUAUCUUAAGAACAAUAAAUUCAGGAAACAUUUUAAUAC